CCACAUCAGUGAGUGAUUCGGAAAUAAUAGUGAAAACUUCUAAGCAAUGCCUACGUUAGACUUGUACACUUUUGCUAUCAGCCCACCAUGCAGAGCUGUCAUCUCGACAGCCCAGAUUCUUGGUGUGGACUUUAAUGAGAAACAUUUGGAAUUGUUUAAGGGAGAACACCUAACUGAAGACUUUCUAAAGCUGAAUCCUCAUCAUAAAGUUCCACUACUGGUCGAUGAAGACUAUACUUUAGGAGAAUCUAGAGCUAUUCAAAUAUACUUGUUCAAUAAGUACGCUAAACCAGAGUCAGACUAUCUCUAUCCCAAGGAUAUUCAAAAGAGAGGAAAAGUUGAUUGGCUACUGUACUUUGAUUCUGCAACCCUUUUCCCCAAUGCUCUUGCCUUUUUCAAAGCAUACAAAUUUCAAGGAAGAAAGCCGAAUGAAGAAGAAACUAAAACUCUAAUAGAUACUCUGGAUUUGGUAGAUAAAAACUACUUUCAAAAUUCCGACUUCCUCUUUGGAGAUAAGCCAUCGCUUGCCGAUAUUUCCUUCGCUGCCAGUCUUUCCUUUCUCGAUAUGAUCAAUUUCGAUUUCUCCAAAUGGGAAAGAAUUUCGAAAUUCUUAAGUGCUUCUAGAAAUACCGCUUGGUUUAAGAAGGGCCCAGCAUUGUACAACGAAAUGUCUGAGGAGUGGCGAAAUAGUAUUAAGGAGAAAGGUCUUAUUUAA